AUGGGGAAAGAGCUCUGCGGAGAGAGGGGGAGAGACGCAGAGAGUUUCACUAUCCUCUGGAAUGCAUCCUCUGCUCUGACUUACCAGUGCAGAAACCAGCGCUCAGCUACGCGCGCAUGAGUCAUCUCCCAAAAGUUACAAUGCGCAUCCACUUAUAGCAGCCGCAGGCGAAAGCUUUAAGUGACUUUUCCUCCUCUGCGCAGUUUUUUUUCCUGCUCAGAGCGUUUAUUCAGCUGUUACCUGGAAGUAAGAGUGAAGCCGUCCUGAGUCGCGUCCAAGGCGAAUCUCCUUCUCUGGAGAGAAGCUUGCCUCCAGACUGCAGAGGUCCUACGGUGCUGGGGGGGAAACUAGUGGAGUCCGUUAAGUUAUUAUUAUAUCACCGAGCACCGGAGUUGCGCUCUGUGGAGAGGACAUGCCGGGCAGAAAGCGUGCAGGACGGCUGCUGCAGUUGGCCGUGGCUCUGCUGGCCUCGCUGUCGCUCCUUGGCGGACUCGGAGGCGCUGCAGAGGAGGUGGACACCGAGGACAGCGAGGCGGUGACCAGGCACACGGACACCAGAGCCAACAGGAACAAGAGGAGAGGGGGGACGGAUGUCCUCAGAGGACCGAAUGUGUGCGGCUCCAGAAACAGUGCCUACUGCUGCCCAGGCUGGAAGACUCUUACAGGAGGAAACCAGUGCAUUGUUCCAAUCUGCCGGAGUACGUGCGGAGAUGGUUUCUGCUCCAGACCCAACAUGUGCACCUGCCCCAACGGACAGAUUGCCUCAACCUGUGGAUCGAAGUCAGUCCAGCACUGUAACAUUCGCUGUAUGAACGGAGGAACGUGUGCGGAGGACAACUGUCAGUGUCAGAAGGGCUACGUUGGAAACCACUGCGGUCAACCGGUUUGUGAAAAUGGCUGUCUGAACGGAGGAAGGUGCGUGGCUCCCAACAGAUGUGUUUGUACGUACGGCUUCACCGGAGCCCAGUGUGAGAGAGACUACAGAACCGGGCCAUGCUUUGCCUCCGUGAACAACCAGAUGUGCCAAGGCCAGCUCACAGGGAUCGUCUGCACAAAAACCUUGUGCUGUGCCACAGUCGGACGGGCGUGGGGUCACCCCUGUGAGAUGUGCCCCGCUCAGCCUCACCCCUGCCGAAGAGGGUUCAUACCAAACCACCGCACUGGGGCGUGCCAAGAUGUGGAUGAAUGCCAGGCCAUCCCCGGCAUCUGCCAAGGAGGCAACUGCAUCAACACAGUGGGGUCCUUUGAAUGUAAAUGCCCCGCUGGGCACAAAUUCAACGAGAUCUCGCAGAAAUGCGAAGAUCUGGAUGAGUGUUCGAACAUUCCUGGUCUUUGUGGCGUGGGUGAAUGCUAUAAUACCAUUGGCAGCUACUUCUGCAAGUGUCCCCAGGGAUUUUACACCUCUGUCGAUGGAUCCAGGUGUUUGGACGCUCGCGGUGGAUACUGCUACGGAAGCCUGGUGGAUGGACGCUGUGCCAGCCAAAACUCACAGCUGAUGACUAAAAUGCAGUGCUGCUGUGACAGUGGGCGCUGCUGGUCUGACGGUUCCACGCCGGAGAUGUGCCCCAUUCGUGGAACAGAGGAGUACCAGAGGCUGUGCAUCCAGAUACCCGAUUCUAACAACGGAGUGGUGAUUCCCGGUCGGAUCCCUGGGUCUCCUGACCUGCCCCACAUCUACCCAAUCCCAAUACCUGGAGAAGUUCCUGGUCAAAUUCCCAUCCAGGUUCCAGGUCACAUCCCAGUUCACAGACCGGUCGUAACUCCAGGCCAAGGUCCAGGGCCGUAUCAUCCACAAGGACCUUUUCCUCCUCCUCCAGGUCCUGUUAUCAUCCAGACACAGAAUAUCACCAACAUGUGCCAGGCUUUCCGUAACCUCUGCCUGAACGGCCGGUGUAUUCCCCUGCCGGGCAUUGGAUAUCGCUGCGAGUGCAACAUGGGAUUCAAGCUGGACACCAGGGGCGAGUGCAUCGAUGACGAUGAGUGCGACAGAAGUCCUUGUCCACACGGUGAAUGCAUGAACACCCCUGGUUCUUACAUCUGUCAGUGUCCUCCCGGAUUCCAGACUACUGCGACUAGGACAGAGUGCCGAGAUCUGGAUGAAUGUGUCGCCAACGGGCGUAUCUGCAACAACGGGCGCUGUGUGAACACUGAAGGCAGCUUCCACUGCGUCUGCAACGCUGGAUUCGAAAUUUCAACAGAUGGCAAAAAUUGUCAAGACAUGGACGAGUGUCUGAUCAGAAACAUGUGCCUCAACGGGCUGUGCAUCAACGAGGACGGCAGCUUCAAAUGCAUCUGCAAACCCGGGUUCCUGCUGGACACCAGCGGACGCAUGUGUGUAGACAUUGAUGAGUGCGAAACUCCGGGCAUGUGUAUGAACGGACACUGCGUCAACACAGAGGGAUCGUUCCGCUGCGAGUGUAUGGCGGGGAUGGCGGUGGGUCUGGAUGGACGAGUCUGUGUUGACACACAUAUGCGCAGUUCUUGUUACGGUGGCUACAAGCGCGGGCAGUGUGUCCGACCUUUAUUUGGAGCGGUGACCAAGUCAGAGUGCUGCUGUGCCAACACGGCAUACGCCUAUGGAGAGCCCUGCCAGCCCUGCCCACCAGAGAGCUCUGCUGAGUUCCUGGCUCUGUGUCCCAGUGGUUCCGGCACAACAGGCGACGGGAGAGAUAUAAACGAAUGUGCCCUGGACCCUGAUAUCUGUCAGAAUGGAAUCUGUGAGAACAUGCUGCGGUCGUUCAAAUGCAACUGCAAUGUCGGCUUUGAGGUGGACCACACGGGCAAAAACUGUGUUGAUAUUGACGAGUGCUACAUGAACAAGCUGCUCUGUGACAACGGCCUGUGCAGGAACACUCCCGGGAGUUUCACCUGUCAGUGUCCGAAAGGAUAUCGCUUUGAUACCGAAACCAAUGCCUGCGAAGAUGUUGAUGAGUGUGACUCUUCCCCGUGUAUCAACGGAGACUGCGCCAACAGCCAGGGGUCCUUCGUGUGUUCGUGUUCAGUGGGCAGCACCUUGGACAACACUGGACUGGAGUGCAUUGAGACGACUAAGAGCACCUGCUGGCUGAAGAUAGUCAACGAUCGCUGUGAGGUCAACAUCAAUGGAGCUACCCUGAAAUCGCACUGCUGCGCCACGCUGGGAGAAGCCUGGAACAGUCCAUGUGCUAAAUGUGAAAAAGAUCCAAUCUGCGGUAAAGGCUUUGCCAGAGUCAGAGGAAAUAACUGUGAAGAUGUGGACGAGUGUCAAGUGUUUCCGGGUGUGUGCAUAAAUGGCAAGUGUGUCAACACACAGGGAUCCUUUUUCUGCCAGUGUCCUCCAGGGAUGACUGUUGACAUCAGUGGAAGGAUGUGCAUCGACCUGCGUACCGAGCACUGCUACCUCACCCACAACGACGAGCGCUGUGGGACGCCCAUAUCAGGGAAACACAGGGUGGACGCCUGCUGCUGCUCCGUCGGUGUUGCUUGGGGGCCCGAAUGUGAUGAAUGUCCAGAACAGGGCACACCAGAGUUCAACCAGCUGUGUCCUCGGGGCCCCGGCUUCUCACACAGAGGGGACUUCAUUAUUGGCAGACCCUUCCUCAAAGACAUAAAUGAGUGCAGGAUGAUAAACACUGUGUGCUCUAACGGGAGAUGCAGAAACACCAUCGGCAGCUUCCGCUGUCGCUGCGACAACGGCUAUGCCCUGGACUCGGACGAGAGGAACUGUACCGACAUCGACGAGUGCCGGAUAUCCCCGGACCUUUGUGGUCAGGGCAGAUGUGUUAACACACCCGGAGAUUUUGAGUGCGAAUGCUUCGAGGGCUACGAGAGUGGCUUCAUGAUGAUGAAAAACUGCAUGGACAUUGAUGAAUGUGAGAGGAACCCUCUCCUGUGUCGUGGAGGUGAAUGUGUAAACAACGAGGGCAGCUUCCAGUGCAUCUGCCCCGAAGGACACGAGAUCGCCCCUGAUGGCUCAGCAUGUUUGGAUAUAAAUGAAUGUGAGUUGAGUGACAGGUUGUGCAGGAACGGUCAGUGCGUCAAUAUGAUCGGCCGCUACCAGUGCACAUGCAACACAGGCUACAAAUCCAGCGAGGACAGGCUGGACUGUGUUGAUAUAGAUGAGUGCACCAUUGAGAACGGUGGCUGCGAGUCUUUCUGCACAAACUCGGAGGGCAGCUACGAGUGCAGCUGCAACAGCGGCUACGCGCUCAUGCCUGAUCUAAGAACCUGCACUGAUAUCGACGAGUGUGAGGAGAGCCCUGAGGUCUGCGAUGGGGGCCAGUGCACCAACACCCCAGGGACGUUCCAGUGCCUGUGCUUUGAUGGGUUCAUGUCGUCGGAGGAUAUGAAGACCUGCCUGGAUGUGGAUGAGUGCGAGCUGAACCCCAACAUCUGUUUGAGUGGAAACUGCGAGAACACUAAGGGGUCGUUCAUUUGUCACUGCGACCUGGGAUACUCUGUCCGCAAGGGAACCACGGGUUGCACAGAUAUCAACGAAUGCGAGAUUGGAGCCCACAACUGCAACCGGCAUGCGUCCUGCACCAAUACAGCGGGCAGCUUCAAAUGCAACUGUGCGCCAGGUUGGAUUGGCAAUGGCCUCAAAUGCACAGAUUUGGAUGAGUGUUCAAAUGGGACACACAUGUGCAGCAACAACGCCGACUGCCUCAACACCAUGGGCUCGUACCGCUGUGCGUGCAAGGAAGGCUUCUCAGGAGAUGGAUUCCACUGCUCAGACAGCGACGAGUGUGCGGACAACGGCAACCUGUGUGAAAACGGCCACUGUCUAAAUCUCCCCGGAGGUUUCCGCUGCGAGUGUGACAUGGGAUUCAUCACCACUCCGAAUGGGAAGGCCUGCGGGGAUAUAGAUGAAUGCAGCUUUGAUGACAUCUGUGUCAAUGGACGCUGCCAAAAUAUCCCAGGACUGUUCAGAUGUCAGUGCAGCCUUGGAUAUGAGCUGGACAGGGGUGGAGGCAACUGCACAGACAUCAAUGAAUGUGCAGAUCCAGCUAUUUGUCUCAGUGGAAUCUGUGUCAAUAUCCCUGGAAGCUACAUCUGUAACUGCCCACCCGACUUUCAGCUGAACCCCACUCGGGCGGGCUGCGUAGACACUCGUACCGGAAGCUGUUACCGGGAUGUGCGUUUCCGUGGAGAUUCAUCCGAGAGUUUGGACUGCUCCAAUGAGAUUGGCGUUGGGGUUUCUAAGGCGUCGUGCUGCUGCUCCGAAGGCCACGGCUGGGGGAGCCCAUGUGAAUUAUGCCCACUUGGAAAUUCAACUGAGUACAAGACACUGUGUCCUGGAGGAGAAGGCUUCAGACCAAACCCUGUCACAGUCAUCUUGGAAGACAUCAAUGAAUGUCUAGAACUUCCUGGCCUGUGCCAGGGAGGACGGUGCAUCAACACAUUUGGUAGUUUCCAGUGCGAAUGUCCAAGAGGCUUUGCCCUGAACCUUGAAACCAGAGUCUGCGAAGAUAUCAACGAGUGCGAACAACCGGGAAUCUGCGGCCCCGGCCAGUGCUACAACACCAUCGGCAACUACACCUGCAUCUGCCCCACUGACUACAUGCAGGUCAACGGUGGCCACAAUUGCAUGGACAUGAGGAAGAGCUAUUGCUACAGGAACUUUUACUCAGACAACAGGACCUGCGAUGGAGAGCUGACCUUCAACAUGACAAAAAAGAUGUGCUGCUGCUCCUACAACAUCGGCCGUGCUUGGAAUAGACCGUGUGAACAGUGCCCUGUGCCCAGCACCGAUGAGUUUGCCAUCCUCUGCGGCAGUGAGAGGCCAGGAUAUUACAUCGACAUCACUACCGGACGGGUUAUUGAUAUCGACGAGUGCAGGGAAAUCCCAGGUGUGUGUGAGAACGGAGUAUGUAUCAACAUGAUAGGCAGCUUCAGAUGCGAGUGUCCUGUUGGCUUUGUCUACAACGACAAGUUGCUGAUUUGUGAAGAUAUUGAUGAGUGCCAGAACGGACCCGUGUGCCAGCAGAACGCAGAUUGCUUGAACAUGCCUGGAAGUUACCGCUGCGAAUGUAAAGCCGGAUACCGCUUCACCUCCACCGGACAGUGUCUGGAUCGUAAUGAGUGCGUGGAGAACCCCGGCAUAUGUAAUCCUGGUCAGUGCAUCGACACGCUGGGAAGCUACCGCUGCCUCUGCCCCAACGGCUACAAAACAACUGCCGAUCGGUCGAUGUGUGUCGACGUGGACGAGUGCGAGAGGCAGCCCUGUGGCAACGGGACCUGUAAGAACACGGUGGGCUCCUACAACUGCCUGUGCUACAUCGGCUUUCAGAACUCGCACAACGGCGACUGCAUAGACAUCGAUGAGUGCUCCACGCAGAGGGGCUUGUGUCGAAACGGGCAGUGCUUGAACUCGGUGGGAAGCUUCUUUUGUGUGUGCAACGACGGCUAUGAGAUCACAUCAGACGGCAGACUCUGUACAGACAUCAAUGAAUGUGCAGUGAAUCCCAAGCCUUGUGGGCUGGGAACUUGUGACAAUAUGGACGGCAGCUACAGGUGUAUUUGCCCACCUGGCUACUAUCUCCAUGAGGAAACAUGUAAAGACAUUGAUGAGUGCGUCCAGAGUCCUGAGAACUGCAUGUUUGGAAAAUGCACCAACUUUGAGGGGAGCUUCACCUGCGAGUGCCCCGAGGGUUUCCAGCUCUCUGCGUCGGGACGCAGAUGCUUAGAUAUCCGUGUGAAUUACUGCUACACCAAGUUUGAAAACGGACGCUGCCUGACACCAAAGGCUCUGAACACAACUAAGGCAGAAUGCUGCUGCACUUUCAUGCCUGGCCAAGGAUGGGGAAGUCCCUGUGAGAUCUGCCCCAGGAAAGAUGAGGAUGCCUAUCGUGUUCUGUGUCCUAACGAGGGAUAUAAGCGGGGACCAGAUGAUAGCCCUAAAGAUAUCGAUGAAUGCCUCAACGACCCAUGCAUUAACGGUCAGUGCAUCAACAUAGACGGAUCCUUCCGCUGUGAAUGUCCACUGGGAUACAGCAUUGAUAUCAGCGGAAUCACAUGUGAAGAUACAAACGAGUGCGAAAUCGGAAAUCCAUGCGGCAACGGCACGUGUGCUAACGUCGUCGGCGGGUUUGAGUGUGCGUGCGAUGACGGCUUCGAGCCCGGGCCGAUGAUGACCUGUGAAGACAUCAACGAGUGUUCCCAGAAUCCUCUGCUGUGUGCGUUCCGCUGUGUUAACGUGAUCGGCUCCUACGAGUGCAAAUGUCCCACUGGUUACGUCCUGCGCGAGGACAGGAGGAUGUGUAAAGACCAAAACGAGUGCGAAGAUGGUAUAGAUGACUGUUCCAGCAGAGGAAUGACUUGCAAGAAUCUGAUUGGUACAUACAUGUGCAUCUGUGCACCAGGAUACACGCGGCCGCCUAAUGGAGAUGGAUGCAUGGACCUCAAUGAGUGUUCGGCUAAACCAGGAAUCUGUAAGAACGGCCGCUGUGAGAACACGGUUGGAAGCUACCGCUGCAGAUGUGACCAAGGAUUCGUUGCUAACCCCACACAGACAGAAUGUAUCGAUAACCGCGAAGGCUUCUGUUUCACCGAAGUUCUGACCACGCUGUGUCAGAUGAGUUCUAGUAACAGGAACCUGGUGACCAAGUCGGAGUGCUGCUGCGAUGGAGGUCGAGGCUGGGGAACCACCUGUGAGCUCUGCCCCCUGCCUGCCACCACCCAGUACAAGAAGAUGUGUCCACUUGGACCUGGGUUCACCACUGACGGCAGAGACAUUGAUGAGUGUCGUGUGAUGGGAAACCUUUGCAAGAACGGUCGGUGUCUCAACACUUUGGGCUCCUACAACUGCGUCUGCAAACCUGGAUACACCACUGACAUCACUGGCACACAGUGUGUGGAUGUGGAUGAGUGCAUACAGGCACCUAAGCCUUGUAACUUCAUCUGUAAGAACACAGAGGGAGGCUACCUCUGCUCCUGCCCCCGAGGAUACGCCCUGCAGGAAGACGGAAAGAGCUGCAGAGAUCUGGAUGAGUGCUCAACCAAACAGCAUAAUUGUCAGUUCCUGUGUGUUAACACCAUUGGCGGCUUCUCGUGCAAGUGUCCCCCUGGCUUCACCCAGCACCACACCGCCUGCAUUGACAACAACGAAUGUUCAACUGACCCAAAUCUGUGCGGUUCCAACGGGGUCUGCCAGAACUCUCCGGGUAGCUUCAAUUGUGACUGCCAGCGGGGAUACUCAUUAGAUCCCAGUGGACAGAGCUGCGAAGACAUGGACGAGUGCGACGGAAACCACAGGUGUCAGCAUGGCUGUCAGAACUUAGUGGGUGGAUACAGGUGCAGCUGUCCCCAAGGUUACCUGCAGCACUACCAGUGGAACCAGUGUGUUGAUGAGAAUGAGUGUAUGAACAGCCAGAUCUGUGGGGGAGCGUCAUGCCACAACACCCUGGGGAGCUUCCGCUGCCUCUGUCCCACCGGCUUCAACUACGAGCAGUCCACCGGAGGCUGCACAGACGUCAACGAGUGCUCCACCAGCCACAACCCGUGCAAGUUUGGCUGCUCUAACACAGACGGGGGCUACCUCUGUGGAUGCCCGCCCGGAUACUACCGCGCUGGACAAGGGCACUGUGUCACAGGUCUUGGCUUCACGAGUGGCAGUGUGAGUGGUGGACAGGGAGGUGAGGAGGAUGACAACUCGCUCUCUCCAGAAGCCUGCUAUGAGUGUAAGAUAAACGGGUACCCGAAGAAAGGACGCAAACGCCGCAGUGUCAACUCGACACAUGAUAGUGCUGGGGAAGACAUGCAGCUCACUGAGGAUAACACAGUAAGCCUGGCCAGCAUGGACAUCGAAAACACGCUCCAGUUGCACCUGAACAUCAGCGACCUCAGCAACCGCGAGCACAUCCUGGAGUUCACCCCGGCCUUGUCCACGCUCAGCGACCACGUGCGCUACAGCAUCGACAACGGGAACGAAGAAGGUCUCUUCAAAAUCAACCAGAAGGACGGAGUCAGCUACCUGCAUUUGAGUAAGAAGAAGGUCCUCCCGCCGGGGGCGUACGACCUUCAAAUCAGCAGCGUCCCUCUGUACAGGAAGAAAGAGCUGGCCGAGCUGGAGGACCAACAUGAUAAAGACUACCUCACAGGACAGCUGGGAGAUGUACUGAAGAUGAGGGUGCAGCUCAUCCUCCAUUAACCAUCACCAGACUGAGAGGGGCAGAUGUUGCUGGCAGCUGCUGAUCCAGCGUCAUGCUCACCCUGCCUUAAAGGCCAAACAAUUGAGACUCUGAAUAAGUAGCCAGGGGCAACUAGGGGCUCGCCACCAAAGAGACAAAGUGGGAAGGGGGGAUUACGACACCAUUUGAUCACCAAAGAUGAUUCUACAUAUCAUAGAUCCAGAUUCUAUGAAAGGAAUAGCAGCUAAGUGAGGAAAUGUUUGCUUGAAGUCUAAGGAAACACUUCUUCAGCUGUGUUUAGAGCACUAUCGAGAGUGUGAAUAGGUUUUUAUUUUACUGUUAAAUGUCAUAUGAUAUGUGGAAUCAAAUGCCACUUGGAGGGGCGUGUGGGCUGCAGAAAGCUAUUUUAUUAACUCAACUUGGUCGAAAGAGAAGAAUGGGUUGAGUCACAAUAGUCUAUCAAUUUAUUUCAUCCCCUUAAGAAGUUAAGGAUGGUUUUCUUCCCCAGACGCUGAAAGAUGAAAACGGUUGAAAAAAAAAAAGUUUAGGAGAGGGAAGGAACCCACUGUGGACUAUUGAGAUGUAACCACAUCUGAGCUUGAAUGAAUCCUACUGCCUAUUUAAACUCUGCUUUCCCAUCUUUCCCACUGAUCCAAUAAUCCGUAUCCGUAUUGGUGCUAACAACACAUCUACAGACUUCUGAAUGCACUGCACUACAAACCCAAAACCUUAGUAGUCAAAUACGAUCCCGACGGUCAUUCUGAAGAUUCCGUGUCCUUGCCGCUGCAACAACCAAGUCUGUCUGCUCUCUUCUGUGUAUGUAAAUUGUGUUUAUACUGUAAUAAUCAGUGCCACUUUUAAUCUAUAAAGCAUUUGUAAACUAUAGGAAGCCCCUGGAUUAGAGGGGGUCAUAAUGGUGCUUAUAAUGACCAACUACUUCCUUUGUAAACAGUGUAUACAGACAUGCAGUACACACACACACACCACAUUUGAUGAUGCCAAACCUGGGCCUUCAUGAUUAUGCACUGAGGUCGCUGUGGCCACAUGUUCUCUCACAAGUAAAAUCAGUGCUGCAUUGUUACAGACCAGCCUGUUCUCUGUUCACAUCAGUGAGGGUUUAGCUGUAAAUCCACACAAUAAAAACAUAUUUUUUUGUGUAUGCAUGUGGUUUUAUUUCCUCCUCCCCCUCUUUCAUCCAGGUCAAAAUAACAAGAAGUUACAACAGGCGAGCCACACCGCUCCUCCUCUGCAGUUGUUUGAUCGAAGUGAGGAAUGUUUUGGCCAUUAUAAGUCAGAUUAAGUCAAACAGCUGGAUGUGAUACACUGAGGUAUCUCACACUUUCACCCCAUGUUGGAGAAACGCUGCACUUGCAAAGGAAUGUGAUUUGAAGCACAAGUUUGAAUUCUUGUCUACUACUGCCCUCAUGUGGAGGAUUGGAAGACUUUCGCUUUGUGGAGGGCUAUUGAAUGAAACAAUACGACUGCAAUAAACUGAAAUGAGUAAAAAUAAGAAGUAGUCUUUUCUGUAUAAAAAAAGAACUUUAUUAGCACCUAAUUUUAUUACCAUAAAAGAACAACUUAUUGCUAAUACAGUAACAUUAUGGAGCCCUCAGUUGCGCCCAGUAGAUCCAAAGCCUCCAGCACCACGAACAGUUUCAUCGAGAGUCUGGGGAAAUAAAUUGAGCAAAUUAAACAAGCCGAAUAAAAAUUAUUUAGCUUACUUGUGUAUAUGUAGACAAUUUGGAAAUGUAUGUGCAAGAAUGUUUAAAAACCUAGAAAAUUUCCUUGUAAAAGUGAUGCUAUUAAACAAUUUCUGAUCGAUGCA